AUGCUAAUAUUGUUCAGCGAUCAUCCUACUCCACUGAAUUUGACUCUUACCACUCAAAUUAUGAGAGCGAUCGGCGGAAAUCAAAUUGUUCUGGUAUACUAUGGAGGAGGGUUAAGCCCGGCAGUCAUGCUAUCGACGACCGACUCCCAAGUUUUCGAGAUAUUUCUGAAAAAUCAGCCAGUCGAGAGUGUAGACCCGUCCGCGCCUCCUGAAUCACCCUAUGAUGCUCUUCUUCUUGGAAUGAAAAGUCAGUUAACUGCUCGAGCGUUGGUGGUGUUGGUAUCUCGUGGAGGCGAUUUCCCCAUUGAUGAAUCGCUGGUGAAGCAGUUAUCCCAUCAAAGAGCCGAACUUCGGGUUUUCACUGAACAAGAUUCAUCAAAUUUCACAAUUUUGGCCAUGCUAGGCAACGGAAUACCUGUCAUCGCUAGUCGAGCGGAGUUCGAACAGGUACGUCAAAUGUGA